CCUGCAAAUCUGACCUCCCCUCGCCCAGCCCGGCCCGGCGUAACCCUCUCGCCUCGCUCUCCCCAGGCCGGACCCCCCGUGCCCAUGGAGCUGCUGUUUGCUCUCCUGCUGCUGGUCCAGGUGCCCGGUGCGGGGAGCCAGGACGUGCCCGGCUGCUCCGUGGGGAGCUGCCACCCGGCCACCGGGAACCUGCUGAUCGGGCGGGCCCAGAACCUGAGCGCCACAUCCACCUGUGGGCUGCGGGGGCCCCAGGAGUACUGCAUCGUCAGCCACCUGCAGGACUCGGAGAAAUGCUUCUCCUGCGACUCCCGGUCCCCGUCUCUGCGCAACAGCCACCGCAUCCAGAACGUGGUGUACCUCGGCGGCCGGGACGGCCACACCACCUGGUGGCAGUCGGAGAAUGGUGAGGGGGCCCCCAAGGCCAUGGAGAGAGACUCCCCGCGGUCGGACGGAGCCCAGACUA